UGGUGAGACGUUACGAAACAGGGCGUAUAUCAUGCUCUAUUUCAUAAGGAUUUCUUUAUAAACUUCGUAGCGCAAAUGCUUUUCCUUGUCCUACACCAGUAUGAGGAUUUCCUAUUCGUUUUUGGAAGCGAUCUCUCAUGAGUUUAUGAGUGUCUCAUUCAACGAAGAACCCAUUAAAAGUGAGGAAUCAACUAGCCGAAGUCUAAACGAAGUACUCUCGAAUGUUUGACGACAACCUACGAGGCUGCAAUGAUUGACAGUUCUGGUUGUCUUAGAACCUUGUUCUCUCAUGUCAAAAGCAUUGGCCGUUUUGAAGCUAUUUUUCUCAUUGGUGUCAAUCAACUCUACUGCCAAGUCCCCAACUAACAGUUUUACGCAUUCAAACAGUACCAUCCCAAUUACCCCUGCUCCUCUACCUAUGCCUCUUCUCAUAAACCCAGUGGACUCUUUAUCGUCAUUUGUUGGACAAGCAUUCGAGUUUGAAGUCCCGGAUGACACUUUCCAUCCCAUUGGAAAACUAAAAAUGUCGAUGUUGACGGUCAACAAAGGACAGGUUUCAUCAAAGUCGUGGCUUCGUUUUAAUCCAAAGACCAGCAAAAUCUACGGUCUUCCCUUGCAAGGCAAUGCUGGAAAGUUUAAAUUCUAUCUCAAAGCAACUAAUGAACAAGGAAUGUCGGCUGAAGAUAUUAUACAUGUUCACGUUCGAGAUGCUGGCGGUCAAUAUAAUCACGAGUUUGUCUUAAAGACUGCAUUUAAUCUUGCGACCUUCGUGUCAAAUUUGGAAAAUAGGUUUGUUUUUAUCAAACGACUGGCGAGGUAUACGCUUAGAAGCAGUGAUGUCAGUACAAUAUGGAUCAAAUCGUAUAACAAAGGUCUUAAGCAAAUAACAAUUGCCUUCAAUACUAUUAGAUAUUCCCCUUGCAAUAAAGGUGAGCUGGAAAAGUUACGAAACAAGUUUGUGACAUCUUCAGGGAGUAUUCGAAGCGACUUUCAGAAAGCUCUUUCUAGUACCUACCCAAUCACAGGCGUGGAUCUAAGAUACUUUGGACCCUGUGAUCCACCAACACCACCACCCCCUCCACCCUUUGAAUGGGGUAUUCUAAAACAUUUAAUGCCAAUUCUAAUGCUUCUGUUUGUAAUUGGGCUACCUGUGGGGAUUUCAUGUGCAGUGCGCAAGCGAAGCGAGAAAAGAAGAGCUAAACUUCUGGACCAACUGAAGAAAAAGCGUAGAGAGGAAGAAAAUGGCGGAUUUACAUUCCAUACCGUGCAUUAUAACAACAGAUAUCCUUCAAUGUUAUCGAUGUCGAACAACUCUCGAGAGGAAGAACAAACCGGUGAUUCGGACAACAGCAACAGUAAGACUAUGUUGAAUGGAAGUCUUCCUUCUAAUAACAUCAACGGCAUAACAACUGUAUUAGUGAACAAUAGCCCAACAAAUAACGCAAUGGCUGCAUCACCAAAGAAUGAACGAGCUGCAGGAACACUGAACACUGAAAACAAACCAAUCAACGUUGAUGUGAAGAGACCUAACUCUGUCAACUUGGAUAAACCAGCGAACAAGCCCGGGAGAAUAGUUUACAUGGGAAAAUCAGACAUGAAUAUUCCUGUUUAUUACACAAAGCCUAAAGAAGAAGAGCCGGAGUCAGAAAUGUCAUUCUUUGGCAUUGCUGAGACAAUUUCAUCCACGAUAAAAGGAAUUGGGAAAUCUGUUAUGAAUAUUGCAGGACAAGGAGAAGAGGAGAUGGCACCAGYGCAAGAAGUCAAAGUCAACAAUGCACAAGAAAGGAUUUCUAAAGACAACAAUGUAGUUUUGCUGUCGUCGGAACUUCAACUUCCUUUAGGAGUGAAUGGUAAGUCCGAUGUUUCCAGGCGCUUUUCUGUGCAAAAUAUUGAAACUGAGAUUGGUAAAGUCCACGUUGGUGGUGGAAUACCAAAGCGAAGUCGAUCUGAAAUGAAACUCAGUGACUUAGCUCAUCGUGCCAACCACGAACCAGACUAUGGAAUGAUGUUCGAUGAACGUUCAAACAUUGCCGGUACAUUAAUGAGUCCAAGUAACGUUCGGUUGCCAAUGAGAGGACUUUCUAUGCCCCAUUUAGACAUCGCCAGUCAAGCUGAUAUGCACAAUUAUUCACAGUUUGAACCUCAGACUAAUCCACAAAAUGUUCCAUUAAAGAGCUGUUUAAAAAAUUCACAAUCGUCAACGGCCAUUUCUUCGAUGAUGGAGCAAACAACAGUGCAAGGUGGAGGAAUGGUUAUUGGUGAUUUAACACACCAGAUAGAGCAAAUGUCUCUGGAAAUGAGGAAUGACUUUGGAAGCAAAGGAAAUGAGAAUGUUCAUUACACUAGUCAGCACUUCGACGAUGGACAAACUUCAUAUCAACAAACUGCAUAUUCUGGUGGAGGAACGGCAUAUUCUGGUGGACAAAUCGGUUCAUCCGUUGGAGGACCAAGUUAUUCUGGUGAAGCUACCAUGUAUUCUGUUGAAGGAUCGUCUUACACUGCUGGAGAUACCGUAUAUUCUGCAGGACUCGCCAAUUCUUCAAGUGGUCAAACUAUAUAUUCCAACGGACAAACCGUAUAUUCAGAUGGAAACUCCGUAUAUUCUGGUGGAGGACUUUCGUACACUAGUGGUCAAACCAUUUCUUCCGGAGCACAAGUUUAUUCAGACGGACAUGCAGUUUAUUCUGGCGGAGGACUUUCGUAUACCGAUACGGUUUAUUCUGGUGGACAGCACAUUUCUUCCAGCGGGCAGGUUGCUUAUUCUGGUGGAGAAUCAGUGCAUACUGGUGGAGGGGCCGUUUACUCUGGUGGGCAAACUGUUUCUACCGGUGGACAGGUUGCUUAUUCUGGUGAACAGACCGUAUAUUCCAGUGGGGAACCUGCGUACACUGGUGGAGGGGCCGUUUACUCUGGUGGGCAAACUGUCUCUUCCGGUGGGCAAACCACUUGCUCUGUUGAAGAAAGGGUUCAUUCUGAAAGAUCUAUACAAGGAGGAAACGACAAUAACACGAGUGGAGGGAAAAUGCAUCAAAAGGAUGACGAUCUUUCUGUUGAUGAUGAAGAGGCAAUGGACUAUACAACAUGGAGACGGCGUAAGAUCCAACAAGCUGAGAGAGAGGCCCAGCUGAGGAAAUCCCAGACUGCUAUGGAUGAACAUCCUAGCGGGAAUGAUAACAACACAAUGGAAGAGUCGCCUUACGAGGACUACGUCAACCCUUACCAAUAUGCCAACGGAUCGUCUAGGACAGGUAGGGCACAGUCGUCCAUAUUUCCUUCUCAUGACUAUGGGUGGAGUGAAGAUUAUCAGAAGGAUAACCGCUACAAGCAACAGCCACCGAAUUCGCCUUUAAACAGCAGCUAUAGCACCCACUCCAUGCCUAGUCUAACCGGAGAUCACAAUCACUUUGCAUACAGUGCUACACAUGUGGACAACAAUAGUAAGUUUCCUGAAGGUGAUAAAAGUGUUAUGGGGAAUUUGUUCUCACGAGAAAAGCCUGCGGAAAACAAGAAUCUGAACACGCAGCCUGGACAACAACAGGACGAUGGAUCUCUUGUUGGUUUUCUGAAAACAACAGUUGGUGGUAUUCUGGGUCCAUCUGAUCGUUCAUCGUGGUUCAAGUAGAAAUGAGUGAAACGUGUGAGUAGAAAUCGUGUUAUAUACACAUUCAAUCCUGAAGCAGUUAAGACACUGCUCAUUAUGCAAUGGAUCUUUCUGCAAACCAUCUUAAUCUGGCCAACUUCGAUAAAGGCCAUUUAUCAAGUCAUUUAAAUACAAAUGUAAAAUAUUUACAAACUCACUAUGGAUUGUCAGAUCAGAGCUCCAACUGAACUUUUCAAAUUGACAAUCUAUAUGCACGAGUUAACAAUCCAAUCAUUAUUGAAGUACUCCUAGUUAUCUUCUUCAAUGACUUAAGGUGAAUAGCUUCAGCUGUACUUUGUUAUGCGUGAAGCUUUGUAGUUAAUUAUUAGGUCAGUCAUCACGCUAUACUUAGGUUUAGUGUCGUCUCAUAACUAACAAGUGAAAUUAUGAAUGCGUUAGGAAAAGUAACUGUUUUUUAAUGUUAUGCAGAGAAAUACUUUAACUACUUGAACUAACUUGUUUAUAUGUCAGUAUUUGUGCAGUUUAGUUACAAGAGAGGUGUUGUUAUAAAAAGGCAAAUGCAGAAUAGGCGCGGAACUCCUUUACGAGCAUCGUUAAUAGUAUCAUCCCAGGCAUAUACCAUUCCAGGCGCAUUCUUUGUGACGACUGCGUUUAUAUUGCGUAAAGUUAACGCAUACGGUGAAGAUUCCGUAAAUGUGUAUGUUCCGCGAAGAUGCGUAAAUUCAUCCUUUACGCAUGCUUUACGGACCUUAUACGGAUACAGAAAUAUCAGGACUUGAGCUGUGAAUCAGUAGUGUUCCAUGUCAAAGGGGGAUGUAGGAGAGGGCGGGGCGUUUCAAGCUGUAGCUUACAUAACCUUCUUGACAAGCGUCUCUUUACUCGCUAGAAAUAACGGGCUUCCUGUGUUUGGUCGAAGAGAGAGAGAGCGGAAGGCAGUCCUAUCUCUUCAGGGUUACCCGCAUACAAAGGAGCGUAGCGUAUUGCAAAUCCAUUUUUACUUAGUCAGAAUUUCCUUCGGUUUUAGACUAUUUUGUAGCAAUCAUUGACAACUGACAAAAUCAGGCAAUUUUUUAAAUCGCUUUUUCGACUGCGUGACUCAUGUAAAAGUAGGCAUUAAUAUCAUGUAAAUUGAUUCGACAAAUAAAUAAUUGA